AUGAAGUCGCGUGAGCCCCUGUCAUCGGAGGAGGAGACGUCGGAGCCCAUCGGAAAGCUGCAAGCGGCUGAAAACUCGAUUUUCGCCUCCCGCUGGGAGCGUUUCACUCCGUACAUUGCCGAGUAUUGGGGCACACUGGUCGUGACUGCCACAUUUCUGUGCAACGUUGAUGUGGGCCAUGGGAUAGAUCCUUCCUUCAGGUCCAUCUGUCAUGCGUUCAUGGUGGUGGGCAUGGUAUCAGCAACGAAGCACGUGACGGGAUCCAGCCUGAACCCGUCCGUCAGCCUGGCUCUGGCCCUGGCAGGGCGGCAGAAGAUACGAACCGCCGGGUUCCUGUGCAUCGCCCAGAUCCUUGGAGCUAUCACCGCCGUUGCGAUGUGCACCAAGGCUGGUAUCGCCAAAGACAUCACACUUGGACCGAUUCUGGGGCACAACUGGUUCCAGGUGGCUUUGCUGGAAACCCUCUACGCCACCAUGAUGUGCAUCGUUUAUCUCAACUGUGCAGCGUCCAAGAAGAACAACCCAAAGGGUGAUCAGAAUGGAUUCGUUGGUUUGGCCUACGGUUUGUGUUACCUGGCCAGCCACAAUGCUGCAACCGGAGUCUGCAAGACAGUUACCAACUCAGCCAUCUCGAUCGCGCUGAUCGUGUGGGGGCAGAGUGACUCCGUAUCUUUUGGUCAAGGCGUGGGCUACUUCUUCUACGACUUGCUGGGUGCAUUCCUGGCAGCUGGCGCCUACCGCGUCGUGCGACCCCAUGAGUUCCUCAGCGGCUCAUCGACCAUCGAGGACAACAUCCUGGAGAGUGCUCCCUUGGCCGCCGAGUUCACCGGCACCUUCUUUGUGGUACUGACGCAGAUUUGCACGAAGAUGUCGAAGCUGGUGGAACACGACAUGGGUCCUCAGGCGGGCAGUGCCGCUGUCAACCCUACUUCAAAUCCUAAAUCUCAAGUCUUUUGCUCGAAACCCUGGUGCUCGCACAGCGGAGUAAAGGUGCGAACGAGCAGUCAAAGACAAGCACAUCCGAAACCCCAGACACCCAAGCCCUUAACCCUAAACUUUUAA